AGGGACUGGCAGCAGGAGCUUUCCUAUUGUUUUUCUGGAGCAAAGUGGGAACGGGAUGUGAACCCAGUUCAAGAGGCUCUUCUAUGUUACAUAUUGGACCAGGAUUGUUCACCUGCUGAGCUAAUUGUGAAGGAGGGAAGUGUGUGCCUUACACGUGAGGAUUUCUGGUCCUUGGGGUUAAGUCAGUGCAUGGAAUCAAAUAUUGGAAAUGCUUGCCUGAAAAUAGUAGAGGAAAUGGGAAAAGACAUACACAUCUUCAAUCUGUAUGUGGUGCCCCUGUGGAAGGCAGAUGUGGAUCCUUUCUGUUCACUGCCUGACCUGACAACGAAAGACCUUGUAGUUUUCCCAGCAUGGAGCCAACAACAGGACGCUGCUGAUCACUACCUCCUCUGCCAUUUUCCUCUUCAGUCCAACGGACAUGACUGUGGGAUCUUCAUGUUAAUGUAUGCCCUCUGCAUCAGCACAUCAACCCCAUUUACCUUUUCCCAGUGGGAGAUGCCAACCAUUCGCCGUUGGUGGUGCCUCCAGAUAAUGGAGAGGUUUUGCAUUGAAGGGCAUGGACAACGAUUUGCUCACUGGACAGAAGAAUCCUCCCAUCUUCUUGAAGGAAUCCUGGAACCGGUCUUUAGGGUUCCAAAGUCCACCAGUGCAGAGACUUCCCCCAGAAAUGGUUAUGGUGGAGAGGGCAAUGCGAAGAAUUGA